AUCUCUUCAAUCUAGGACAAAAACCAAUUAUCACUGACAAAUUUGCAACCAUGAAGAUGCUCAUGAUGUUAAUGGUGGCUGCAAUUUUAUUUUGCAGCCAUCAACAAGGGGUUGUGGCGAGAGAAGUUGCUGUGACUGUGGACGAUGACGGUAACGAGGUAGAAAUAAUUCCGUGUUGGAUUUUCCACUGGCCAUGGUGCCCGUCCCCACCCCCACCCCCGCCACCAAGCCCACCCCCUCCACCCCCUAAACCGAGUUGCUCGGCUAGUGACCAAGAGCAGGUGAAAACGUGCAUGUUCAAUGUAACUUCAAUUGACGCAUGCUGCCCAACAUUCAGGAGCAUACUCGGUACCAGUUGCCCUUGCUAUAAGUUUGCUGAGGAUUUGGAUAAUCAAGUCUUGAUCACUCUUCAAGCUUAUUGUGAUGUCGAUAGCCCUUGUAGGAACUUACAAGUAAGUUACAAUUUUUACCUACCGCAUAAGAUUUUGACAGACUCGUUUAAGAAUUUACGAUCUACAAUCAUUUAUAUAAGGUGAUUAAGCUAUCCAAGGAGGAGUAAAACUGAUGUGUUUAAUUGCUUAAUUCCAGAUCUUGUAUUAGAUAAUUUGCUAUUAAUUGCCCUUUCUAGGGGUACAGUACUUGUAAUGUUGUGUGUGUGUGUGUGUGUGUGUUUUUUGGUUGAUUGUAAUGUUGUGUUAUUGUAAUAAAUUUGACAUAUCUGUCAAAGUCUUAGUAUUAAUAAAAGAAUAUUAUAA